AUGAGUUCUUCGUUUCGUGCCGUUCAGUCUCGCCAUGGACGCCAUCGAGAUUACGACCGUAAAAAACGACGGUCAAGAAUUCGGUCUCCUAGCAGCCAUUCUGGUCAUCCUAGACGGCGUCAUUCUUCCAGACGACAUCGACAUAGUCGUCGUCAUCGUGGUGAUCGUCAUCGACAUUCUCGCAGUCGUGACCACCGUCAUCGCCGGAAACGCCGACACAUUUCAACAUCUUCAUCUUCUUCUAGUGAUUCUUCGAUCCCUUCACGUUCUCGCAAAAGUUCUUCACAGUCCACAUCUGCACCUACGAGAGCGGUCUCUUCGAAAUGCGAUAGUUCAAAAGCUCAGAUGCCGGAAAAGAAAAGCACUGUCCUAGCUCCUACUUCUUCGGCUACCGUGACUUCCUCGACCGCCAAUCCUGUGGUAACAACUCAAGACGCUACGAAACCGGGCUCUGUCCUCUCAAUGAGUACACAAGAAUUGCUCAACCAGAUACAGAAGCACCAAGAGGCCGUGGCAAAAGCACAGGCAAUCGCAGCGGCAGCAGCAGCAAAUCUCCCCAAGUAUUACAAUCCGGGUAGUGUCAACGCCGUCAAGCUUGCUGAACAACAAGAAAAGCGUAAACUUCUUUGGUCAAAGAAGAAAGAGGAUAACGCACAGGAUACCAAGGCCUCUGCUUGGACCACAACGUCUCUGGUUGCUGGUAAAGGUGACUCAGCUGCAGCUGCCAAGUUCCGAAAACUCAUGGGGAUCCAUGACGAUCCUGGCCAGGACGGGUCCCAAGAUGAUGCGCAAAAACGCGCUGAAGAACAAGCAGAGCUUUUUCGACGUCUUGAGUAUGAGUACGAACAAUCCAGAGCCCUUACCCACACCCAAAGGGGUGUCGGACUUGGAUUUUCUUCUGCCACUCACGUUGAUUACGGUGCUUAUUCAGCAAUGCAAAGUGAAGCGAAAGAUAAGGCGAUGUGAAGAUGUUGUUUAUGACCUAAACAUAUGUACAGCUGAUGCAAUCACAUUAAAAUGUUAUACCAACUUACUUGUGUCUUAUCCGUAGAUGUUUGGUGCGCCUCGCUGUUUACAAUACUAACUCACCCGUUUGGCAUCCCACGUACUCCAUCUCGCUGAGUUUUGGUACUUGGGGGUUGUCUGUCCCUUGUAUGUCAUAAUGAUAUGUUAAACUUUCAGAGGUCCAGUGGUACUUGUUGAACUGAGUGUGAGAUUCGAAUCACUUGUUU